AUGCAGAACCAAGUAGAUGCUUUGAGGCUGAACGGGGAUUGCCGGUCACCACGGCAGACAGUGGAAAAGGAUACCAGACAACUCAAUACCAACACCGUCUUAUUGUCACCACGUGACGGAGACAACCACGAGCUCGUCAGAGGCGUCACGAGCGACGGGGUGGGUUUCUACACUAGCGAUAAAUGGGCCAAGUUCUACCCGAAUCAGGAGGUGGCGGUGGUCACGAGCAUCGGACAGCCACCGAUCCCUCCAGAAGGGUACGCUCCACUGCGUCACGGUCACAGACGUGAAGAGCAGACACCAGAAGCUGCCAUGAUCUUCGAGGAAGACGUGCCGAACGGCUUCUCGGUGGACACGCUGCUGUGGAACGAAAAGUUGCUGGAGCAGCGUAUCAUGGAGCUGACUGCGUGGACUCGGCGGCCUCCUAUGCCACGACGCCAGAAGCUCGACUGCAUUAACCGCAUGGUCAACCAAUGUAACACUACAAAUACCAAGAUUUGCUGA